AUGAAAGAGAAGAUCAUGAAUCAAGAGAAACUCGCCAAACUGCAGGCACGAGUGCGCAAUGGUGGGAAAGGAAAUGCCCGCAGAAAGAAGAAGGUGGUUCACAGAACAGCCACAGCAGAUGACAAAAAACUGCAGUUCUCCUUAAAGAAGCUAGGGGUAAACAAUGUCUCUGGUAUUGAAGAGGUGAAUAUGUUGACAAACCAGGGAACAGUGAUCCACUUUAAGAACCCUAAAGUUCAAGCACCACAGGCUGCGAACACCUUCACCGUCACUGGCCAUGCUGAGACAAAGCAGCUGACAGAGAUGCUCCCCAGCAUCUUGAACCAGGUGGGCGCAGAUAGCCUGCGCACCUUAAGGAGACUGGCUGAAGCACUGCCAAAACGAUUUGUGGAUGGACAGGCCCCACUUGCUACAGGAGGGGAUGAGGAGGAUGAGGUUCCAGAUCGUGUGGAGAACUUGGAUGAGGCAUCCAAGAAUGAGGCUCACUGAUUUGAGUCGGCUUCUGGGGAAGAUGAACUUGAGGAAGUGACUUGGAGCUGCUGUUUUCUAUGAUGACUGCUUUUUAAAUUUGUUUUGUGUAUGGAUCUGAUAAAAUCUAGAUCUCUAAUAUUUUUAAGCCCAAGCCUUUCGGACUUUGCAGC